AUGAAAGCCAAUUCAUUCUCGUUCAUUGCCCUACGCAUCCUUCUCCUCGCCAUUACAUCCACGGCCCAACCUCCUCCUACAAUACAAUGUCCUAGCCUUCCUCCUGACCAGCCCGUUUCCCGCAUCCAAUGCGAGAAUCAUGACGGAUCCGUGGUGGAAGUGAGCGGUCCUCGUCCCUUCAACUGCAAAUUGAGCUGGGUGGCGAUCCGCGCCCAAACCACCAAAACGACCACGCAUGAACAACAGGAGCCUCUCAAUGAGGAGCGUGGACAGUGUGCGCUCUGGCUCUUCCAGUUUAGCGAUGACGGCCUCGUCCAGCAGAGCUGUUGCGGGGAGGCCGGCGAGGGACUCGUCAUUCGGGUUUCUAGAGUGCAGGACCAACAUGACGAAGAUUGGGAACCGGCACAAGAGUGGAUGGAGUUCCAUGAAGGGGUAGAGGAGCCUGUUCAGCAUCUUCAGAUGGAUGAUGCGCCGGUGGGAGGGGAUGGAGUUGAGCAACACGACGAUGAGGAUGGAGACGAACACGGAGACGCAGAUGAAGACGGAUAUGAGGAUGAAUAUGAGGAUGACUAUGAAGAUGAAGAUGGUGACAUUGAGUUUGGCACUGGACAGCAGCAUAUAUUCGAGGUAGACUAG